CAAUGGGCAGCGUCGAGGUGAAAUUAUUUUUGGAGGAUUCCCCCAGCUCUGGGGAAAGUUUCGCCACUACAACCAGUGGACCAUGUUGCGGUUCUGGCAGGGACUUGGAUAUUCAGGUGGAUGAAAGGGAGAACGAGGACGAUCAGUUCCAAUCGAGAGCCACCAGUGAAUUGCAAGAAUCCAAGAAAACUAACAAGAAAUGUUCCAGCGAUCUUUCGACGGAGAAUACCUAUGCUGCCAAAAAAAAUGUAGCUGAAGGUCUAAUGGAUAUAGCUUUGCUUUCGGCGAAUGCGAAUCAGUUGCGAUUCCUGAUUACCUAUAACGACAAGGCUUCCAUGUACAUAUUCAGCAUGAUUAUGGUGAUACUUUCCCUCGUGCUGCAGCUUUUAGUUGGUAUAAUGCUGAUCUUUAAACGACGUCUCAAGCGAUUUAGGAACCGAAGUUGCGAAAGAACCAACGAUCUGCUGGUAAUGGGAGUUUUCAUGAUCACAGUGAUCAACAUUAUGCUGGCUGCAUUUACCACAACGGAUCAUGAGUGAAUUAACAAUACUAUACUACACUAUAUGUUUUAUAUAUAUUUUAUAUGUGUAUAUAUUUUAAUUGU